GUUGAUUUCAAUUUAUUGGCAAGUCGCACAUUGUGCAUUGAACAACGGGCACAGAAUACCAACAUGAACAUCAGCUUAUUAAAAAAAAUAACUUAGGAAAUAAGAAAUAUCCAAAAGUGCUCUUACAAGUUUUAUUACAAGUAUUAUCUAUAUUUUAAACUUAGAUUUUUGAGUUUGGACUUUGACAGUACAUAAGUAGAUGUUUGUUACUACACUCGCUAUGUUCUGAUAUAAAGAAAACCUAUAGUAUCAGAAAAGGGACAGGAUUUUCAAAGCUGACCGCAAGCCAAAUGCAAGAGUAUGGUAGCGGCAUUGCAAAUAAGUCGGGAGAAAGUCGCGAUGCCACGGACGGCCACUGUCAGGACGGCUUUCAUAUACAACACCACUACCCUGUGAUACAGAAGGGCUAUGGUGUUCCAAACAAAGAAUUAUCAGAUCAGAAAGUAACGACGUAUAGUAGAGGUAUAACGAGUUACUGUGAAGCGUCAACGAGUCAACAGUAUCAUAAUUCUAGAUAUACCAAUCCCUUGGCCCCUACUUUUAGUUCACCUCCAAAUUCACCACUAGUUGGACUAGUAUUUGAUCCAACGUCUUCCAACUACUCUAGUACUGGAAUGAUGGCUGAACGCCUUAAUUCGGAUCGGCGUACCCAAAAUACUUGGUCCUUGUCACACCAGGAACCAAUCGGUACGGGGGCAAAGAAAAAAAUUGUCAAAAGUCACGACAAAAGGAACGCAUAUAACGCAGAUCCUCGUUACCAAGAAAGAUUCAAAGAUAACAGUACAGAAACGGAUCGCCACAGAAAUGUAGAUAGGAACUUAGCUUCGGAUUCUACUUCUAGUUUAGAUUUUUUUGCUGAAGGAGAAAAAAUGGUCUCAGAACUUUGUAAUAUACCUGACUCUAAUUAUAGAAAUGAAGGGAAUAGUUUAAAACCAAAUCAAAAAGGAUCUAUUAAAGACGACGAUAAAAACAAAGCCUCUGGAUCUUCAGACAUGUUGCUUACUGCUUUGGAUAAAAUAGUUAUUCACGAUCAGAUUCCUAAUCAAAUUGUACAAUUGGCAAUAGAAGCUUGCACUGACGCAGAAAAUAUAGCAAUCGCGCAUCAUAACAGACCAUGUUUUAAAAAUAUCCAUUCAAUUUGUGCUAAGACGAGAUCCAACGUGCAGAAACCAGACAGCGCUGUUGCCAAUUUGCAUUCCCAAGGAAUUCCUUGGGUGAUAAAGAAUUUCAUAUUUUCCUUUGUCAGAAUUCUCGAUGGGUGGAAGGGUGUCAAGGAAUUGUUAAGUGAAAAACAUGAGACUUUUUCAAGAAUCGAAAACAAAUAUUACAGCCAAAACAUAAGAGAGUGUUUUGUUCAAUGGCAAGCAGUUACAAAAGAAAUGUUAACUCACAUUUAUAAAACAUUUAAAUGCCUCGAUCACGGCUUUACAAUGGAACAAAAAAGUUUUACACAUAAUUAUUACGCUACGAAUUCAGCCGCGCCUAGACACCAAAACCAGAACAAAUUUCAAACCACAAAGGCUCAUGUUAGUACCCCACGACCUGUCAGCGCAUCACCCCAAGCUUACAAUGUAAUGCAACCACCAUGGGCUCAAAGUCAAACACCAGCGGGACAACAAACCUACAAUGACAAUUCGUGGCCAUCUCGAUCUAAUGUGACAUACAAAAAAUUUCCUAUAGUCCACCCUCCAAAUCAACAGAACUUUUAUCCUCUCAAUGAUCAAGUCGAUAUGGAUAAUUACCAAAAAUCUCAAUACAAAUGCGAUCCAUGCCUCCGUGAAACAAAACCCCGGCAAUCCUGGACCAUUACGAAUGUGCCAGAUUUUCGCACAUUGGAACGAAUGUGCCUGGCCGAUCAAAAAGACUUGUAUACACAAUUAAAACAUAAAAUGGACGCAGAACUUGGAAAAUCACCUGAACAGCCAAUUUUAAGUAGUAUACCUUCUGAAAUAUUACAAAGAAGAGAAAUGGAGCUGAAAGCUAAAAUGAUUCCUUUAAGUCACGUUGAAAAAAGUUUGAUACCGAGCAUGUCAUCAUCGACUGAACUAAGAAGCUGCUAUGUACCAAAGAAUAACAGCUGUGGCGAUACCAAGGAAGAGGCAGAUUUUUUUGCGGCGUGGGGUCAGAUGGUCCAAAAAGAACCUAGUGAAUUUUUGACUCAUCACACUCAUAACAUUCAAGUUCCUUCUAAUGUUAUGACGAUCUCGAAUAAUAUUUCUGGCCCCGUGCAAUUUAUUGAUCCUGAAAAUGAUGAGUUUAAUGAAAUAUCCAAAGUAUAUAUGAAACCUGGCAGCUAUAAAGUGCCAAUAAAACCUUCAGAACCAACGUCAUCUCCUUUCUUGCAAAGUUCAACGCAGGAUAUAAUUUACGAAAAUCCGGUUGAGGAGAUUUCUAAUAUGAAGAUGAAAGUGCCAUUUUCACAAGUUACAUUGGCACCGCAACCAAAAUAUAAUUUAGAAUCGUGGCCCUGCUUGAUACAAAGACGCGCAGACGACGCUUUCCAUGACGAUCAAAAGGUUUGUUCUCGACCGACGUUAAAUUGUUUAGAUAUGCGUUCUGUUGAGUCUUUGGACAUUUUAAGUUCUAUGAUGUCGGAUCGAGCUUGGGAAGCUGCAAAACAGUCUGCUCCAAAAUUAAUGGAUUUCAUAUAUGAAGGUGUUAAAUCCGAUACAGCUCGCCUUUAUGACGCGUUGAGUUUUUGCGCAAACGUAGAAUACUCUAGUGAUGUUAGAAAUUCACCUUCAGAAAAAAAUGAUGUUUGGAACCGAGAGACAAUUUACAAUAGUUUUAAUAACCUUAAUAGUGAAGAAUGCCCUCAAAACAAAUCAUUAGAUAACAUUAACACAAUAGAUGCUACCACUGAUGUAACGAGUAAUGAUCAAAGACAAUCACCAGUCCAAGAACCAAUUGAAAAUAUCGAUUUUAGAUCGGAGGAAUCCGAAAAAAGUAACCGUUGUCCCAAUUACGAUCAGACGGGACAUUAUAUAAGGAAUGAAAAACAAAAGUCAAAAGUUGCUGUAUCAGGGAUGUGGUACCAUCCAAAAAAGAAAAAACCCCUGUCUGCCUCGAUCGUUAAGAGAUUUGAAGAUAUAUUAACCCAAUUAUCUCAUUUCAACGAAGCUAAUUUUAUACAGCUUGAUAUGGACAUAAAAGUGGCUCCGAGAUUUUAUGAGGUCGUAAAGUAUCCUAUGUGUCUUAACGAUAUUUCAACAAAGCUCAAAAAUUCAUCCUACACCGAAUACGAACAGGUUGUUCAAGAUUUUAGACGCAUUUUUAACAAUGUAAGACUUUACCUCAAGAACUAUCCGGAUACUACAAUGAAAAAGAACCUCAACAAGGUGUCGUCGGAAUUCGAAAAGAUUUUAAACGAAGCGUUUCAAAACAAUAAAGACGGGGGAAGAAAUAAAUCCAUAGAUAACGCAGAAAAUAAAGAUUUGAAUAGUAAGAGCAAUGAAAAGGAAAAUGAGAAACAUAAAGCUGAUUCCAAGAAGGGGGAGAUCGUUGCAGACUAUAAGACGAGCGAGGACGGGAGUGGCUAGGACUGGGCUGCGACGUGACGUUGAUCCGUUUACAAAUUGAUAGUACGUUUCAUCUGCAUUCCGCACGGGUGAUGAUUAUAUUGUAAUGGAACUGAUCAUCGGUUCCUUUUGGAAUAUUAUUGAUUUUUUUAUGUAAUCCUCUUUGUUUUGUUAAUAUUUAUUUAUUUUCAAUUUCUUUAAAAUGUAAUCGACAAAUCUAAACUUGUAAAAAGCUAAAGUUGUUCGUUAGGUUAAUUGAGAGCUCUAGUCAAUUCGAACGAAAUGAUUUUUAGCAAAUGUCAGUGACGUCACCAGAACUAGUAAUACAUAAGAUUAUCAAGUUAAUUUGUAAGUGCCUGCCAACUUUUUGAACCGACUUUUGAGGCUCGAUGUAUGGGUUGCUUUUUUUUCUCUUGUCUUGUUUUAUCUAUUUAGUUAGUAAUUACUCGUUUACUUUAAUUGUUCCUAGUUAUUUCAUUAACUCUAUUGAUAAUUAUGAUCCGUGUCUGAAUGGAGAAUAACAAAUUUAUGUUCUGAAAGGAAAACUCGUGCAUUACAUAACCGAUAGUCACCUGUCGCACGCUGUAUUGGAAAUUAUUUAUUUUUAUAUCUCGAUCUGUGAUGUAUAAUAGUUAGGUAAAAGUUAAUUAUCUGAAUCGUUCCUCCCUAUUGUUAGUUUAAUUAGAUGUAAAUAGUCGAAAUAAAUAACCAAUGUCGCUCGGAAAGUUAUUUAAGUAUUAUAUUUUCCUUUGAGAAAAUUAUAAUGAGCAACUAUUGAAAGCAUGGAAACUUACUCUUAUAAUGUUGCUUUGGAGUUGACACGAGAUACGCUAUCCUCGUUGCAGGAAGCUCUUGGUUCGUUGGCUACCCCCACUAUUAUUAAUAUUACUUUAUAUGAGUAUAAUGUUAUUUUUUUUUAUCAAAUUUGACCCUUUGCUGUUACUCGUUCGUAUGUAAUUAUUUUUUAAAAUGAUUUUUGACUACGUUUUACCUGCCAUAGACAUUAAGUGAAUUGCCGACGUCUUUUAGACAUUGUUUUGGUAGAAAUAUUGAUUCGUGAAUGUUUGGUUUCAAAAUUUAAAAAAAAAAUAAAUUUAAAAUAUAUAUAUUGACGUUGAAGUUAAUUUUAAGUAUUCAUUAAGUUGUGAUUUUAUUAAUUAACUUAUUUACCUAAAAUUAUGGCCAGGAACUUCUAAUGAUAAUACAAAAGUUGUUUCUUAAA